AUGAAUAAUAAGCAUUAGAAUUAUUUUAUGACUGUAAGAACAGAAGUUGUGUUAUAGAUUUGUUAAUUUUUAGAUAUUAAAAGUUAUUUAUAGCUACGAUUAGUAAAUUCAGAUAUGGACUUUAUAGUGAAAUUGAUAAAUAAACAGAAAAUAAAUGAAAUCAGAUUUCGUUUAAUAAAUUUAUAAGAAGAUAAUGAAGAAAUACUUAAAUGUAGGAAUCUAAUAGAGUAAGAUAAAUAAAAAUUACGAUAACAUUGGACAAGUAUUUUUAAUAAGAUUUAUUUUAUUGAAAUAAAAGCAUUAUCAUCACCUCCUUAAAUUUUAUUAGAGAUUAUCAAAUAUUUUGUUUUUUUGAUGAAUCCAAUUGAUUAAUUGAGCAAGGAUAAUUAUUCUUAUUGGGUAUUAUAUAAAUAAUUGGUGGCAAAUCUAAAUAUUUUAAUAAUACGAAUAUUUGAAUUUGAACCUGAAAGAAUUUCUAAAAACAAACUGGAGAUUUUGUAAUAGAUAUAUGAAUUUAAUUAAAAAUAUAUUCAUUUUGGAUCGAAUGGUAUUGAAUUUAUGUACUAAUAUAUUGUAUCAAUAAUUGAGGUAAGAAAGAGAGAUUAUUACGAUAUUUAUUAUGAUUAUUAAACUAAAUUGUAAUUAUAUGAUAAGAUGAUUUAAUAGUUAGAAAAAUUAGAUCAAAAAUUUUAAAAUGAGAUCCAAUUAUGA